UCUUCCUCUUUUACUGAUACAACUAAAAAUGAUGUCCUUAGAAACUGCAUCUAGAUCUGUUGAUCCGAAUUCGGGUCCUCGAAUUUCCUUCUCCUCAGAAUUUCUUGAUGAGAAAAACUUCAUAUCCAUUUGUCCAAAUUCUCAACCAGAGAAAAAGCGCGAAAAAGAGCUUAAUGCAGCAGAAUUCGAGUUCCUAUCCAGCAAUUUCACAACCGGAAACAUGACAACAGCCGACGAGCUAAUUUUCGAAGGCAAAUUACUUCCCUAUUGGCAAAUCCACCAUGCUGAAAAACUCAACAAGAUUAGUCUCAAAACAGAGCAUGCUGAGGAACAAGUGAAUGAAAAACAGGGGAAUAGUAAAGAAGAACAGAGCAGGCCAGUAAAUUGGUUUAUCGAUGAAGAUCCAUCUCCUAGACCACCAACAUGCACUGUAUUAUGGAAAGAGUUAUUAAGAUUGAAAAAACAAAAACAAAGGCCUUCCUCAUUAUCACCUUCAUCUUCAUCUUCAUCAUCCUCUUCUUCUUCUAGCGCGAAUUCUGAAAUUUCGCCCACAGAUGAAAGCAAAGAGAAACAUGUAGUGGACAAGAUUAAGAAAAGAUUGGAGAGAUCUAAAUCAGCAACUAUAAGAGUAAGGCCUUUGAUUAAUGUGCCGAUUUGCCGACAGGGGAAAAACAAUGCAAUACCACCUAUUUUUCCUAUUAAGAAAGGAAGAGUAGAGAGAUGAUCAGAGCAGAAAUUGAAGGUUAUCAUCAGUUUUACUCAAAUUUGUAUAGAUGUUCUAUACUCUUUCCUUAUUUUUUUUAAAAAUAAAUUAUUUCAUUUGGAUUUAGAUUAAUGUUCCUUCUAAGGAUAUUAUGAUUGUGUUUUCAUUUCUUGUAAUGUAUCAAAAACUUAUUCCAUUGUAAUCCCACAUUUUUAGCUUUU